GAGAGAGAGACUCUUCCUCUUAUUUUUCAUGAAACAUCAGAUCGGAAACGCGGAGGAGAAGGGCGUGGACGAAGGGCAUAUGUCGCGAAAUAUGUCGACGAUGAGCGUCGUUUCGAACUCGUCGGUCGAGGUCGACUCGGAUUCCUCGAACGACGCGUCGAGCAAGGACGAUGGACCCGCCGAGCAGAAGUUCAUCCUGCGCAACGAGCUGUACAACAGCCUACUCGCGAGCGCCCUCGGGAAGACGGUGCUCAACAGGCACCUCAACUUCAAGGAGCAGGGGAUUAAUUUUAAUCUGGCCAAUCUGAAAGAUAAUCUGAACGCGCUCGGCGCCCUUAAGGAGCUCAAGGAUCUCAAGGGCUUGACCGUGAGCAGCGUCCCGGCUUUCCCGAGGAAUCUAGCUCUCCACAGGGAGGACCAUGACGAGAAAGCCUCUUUCGCGUGGUCAGAGGGAGGCGAGGAGGGUGGUGGAGGCGGCGGCGGAGGGGGAGGAGGGGAGGAGGGGGGAGGAGGGGGAGGCGGCGGAGGCACGGCCGGGGCCGGAACCGGGAACACGGGCCCAGCCGCCAGCGGGGGCGGUGGAUUGGCCCAUUGGGUCAGCGUGAUGGCGGAGCACAUCCACAAUCCACACUCGGCCACCGGGGUGGGCGGUGUCCAUCAUCAGCAACAAUCACCCCCUCAACCACCCUAUCCGUGGAACAACGGCCUCUCCGGUGAUCAAUGCAACCCCCAUGACAAGGAGAGCGACUAUUGGGGCGGCGGACGGGGCGCGAAACAAGGUUACGAGCACUUUCUGUUGCAGGCGAAAAUGAACGCGGACCACGGCCAAUUGCAGAAAGGUGACGAACAGUACCGAGGCGCUGGAGGAUCCAGCAGCGGAAGUCCUCCAGCGAGUCUGCUGGUGGUUCCUCAGCCUUUGACCGUGAAACCGUCUCAUCCGUCGCACCUGAACCCCCACCUGGGUGGACCACACUCUCAUCCGCCGAGAAAGUACCAGUGCAAGAUGUGUCCACAGGUGAGCCCUUGAAAAUUCGCUUGUUUUCGUUCGAAUUUCACCAAUCUACAAUUUAAAA